CAAUUUGCUGCUUCUGAGAUCUGAUCUCUCCUCGGUGAUGCGCUGCGGAGAUGGCGAAUCUUGUCCCCGGUGUUUUACUCAAGCUUCUCCAGCACAUGAACACCGACGUCAAAAUCGCCGGCGAACACAGGUCCUCUCUUUUACAAGUCGUCAGUAUUGUCCCCGCUUUAGCCGGAGGUGAGCUAUUCCCGAAUCAAGGCUUUUAUCUCAGAGUCUCUGAUUCCUCUCACGCCACUUAUGUCUCUUUACCUGAUGAGCACGAUGAUUUGAUUCUUAGCGAUAAGAUCCAAUUAGAUAUUGUAGCUACUCACUCGCUAGGGUUUCUCAGCGAUGACAACAAGGUUAAUGAUAAUAAUGGUGUUGCUAAUUCGAAACCGAAAGAGAGAGUUAAGGCAUCUGUUAAAGGAGGAGUGGUUGCUAAUGGGAGUGGAAGUGAGGGUGAGAGAAUACUAGGUAAUAGACUAAGUGUUAGUAUCUCUAGGGAUCAAUCUUCCGAGGGUAAAAAGCCCGUGUCUGCUCUUUUUCGAGCGAAAUCUGCGAAAUCGAGUUUGAGUUUGGAUGUAAAGAAGGAAUCUUUGGGGAAGCUGAAGACUUCUUCAGGUUCUAAGUCUAUUCCUUCUUCGCCUACGAGUUGUUAUUCACUUCCUAAUUCUUUUGCAAAGUUCGCAAAUGGGAUUAAGCAGCAACAGAAUGUGAAGCCAAAGUUAUUGGACAAGGGUUCUCCUAGAAUGGGGUUGAAUUUUGUGCAAGGGAUUGAGUUUGGAGCUAAGGCGUUGAGGAAAAGCUGGGAAGGGAAUUUAGAAAUCAGGAGUUCAACAAAAUCCAACCUUUCCAGACGUGAUUUAACCCCUGAUUCCCGGAGUUUAGCGGCACCACGGAAAAGCACAUCAAGUGAGAAGUUGCCAAGCAAACAGGAGAGGGCUAAUGUAUUUGCAAGAUCAUCAAAGGAGCACAAUAAGAUUCAGUCAACCAAGAAAGUCGAGACAACCACAAUAUUGGACACCAAAGAUAAAACGAGUAGGCCUAAAUCUACAUCUGUCGAGAAGAAAUCUAUUGCAGAGAAUGGGUUGCCUGGGAAUUUGGUCAAAGUCCCUGUUAAUGGUAAAAGAUUAGCGGCGGCCAAUAUCCAAUGGAGUUCACUCCCUUCAUCUCUUUCGAGGAUGGGACAGGAAGUCUUGAGGCAUAGAGAUGCUGCUCAAGUUGUCGCAAUAGAGGCCCUACAAGAAGCCUCUGCUUCCGAGAGCUUACUUCAAUGCCUCAUUAUGUACUCUGAUCUUUUGUCAACGGCGAAGGAAGAUGAUCCAUUGCCAGUCGUUGAGCAGUUCUUGAAGCUCCAUUCCGGUUUGAAGGACGUCCAAAUAAUAGCAGAGUCAUUGUCCAAAUUAAUUUCUUCGACGUCCUCCCCAGAAAAUGAAGAAAACAGAUCCGAGGAAGCUAUAAAAGCGGCAUCGGAAAAGCAGAAAUUGGCAGCAUCAUGGGUCCAAGCUGCGCUAGUCACUAACUUAUCGUCCUUCUCUGUCUACUCCAGCAAACAAGCCAAACUUGCUGCCUCCAGAAGCAAACCUGUGAUCAUACUCGAGAGCCCGGGUAAUAAUUCCUCUGGAAAAACCCGUGGGAAUGUCCAAAACAAGCCAACAAUUGGAUCUAAACUCGUAGCACAAGGCAUGAUCCGUAAACACAGGGAGAACAGUAGCAGCCAAAAGGCCACCUCAGUAGCAGGUUCAGAAUCUCCACCGCUAAACUGGGUGAAAGGAAGUGGUCUAAACGAGGCAACUGAUUUGGCAGAGAAGUUGCAAAUGGUUUCACAAGAUUGGUUUUUGGGUUUCGUAGAGAGAUUCUUGGACGCUGACGUGAUUACAUCAUCGAAUCUGAAUCUGUCUGAUAACGGGCAGAUCGCGGGGAUGCUGUCUCAGCUCAAGAGUGUGAAUGAUUGGUUAGACGAGAUUGGGUCGAAAGAGGAUGAAGAAGGAUUACAAGAAGUCUCUAAAGAAACAAUCGAUCGAUUACGGAAGAAGAUCUAUGAGUAUCUGCUCACACAUGUAGAGUCAGCCGCUGCAGCACUUGGUGGUGGUGGUGGCUCAAUCUGUGAAUUUUCAAGGGAUUCAAACACAAAAUCCAAUCCGAUGAAUCAGAAACCUCCGCCGUACGGUUAUGGCGGCGCUAGUGGUGGAGGAGGAGUUGGACCUUCUUCCUCUUCCAACACCACAAUCAUCGGGACGUUGAGUGCACGCGCCAAGCAGACGACGCAAUCGAUGAUCACCACGCUCCGUCCAUGGCGAGAGCUUCUUGAUCUGUCUACGCUUUCUCUCCCUCGUGGAUACGAUGAAGCCAUGGCGCAUCUAAGGCACAACAUCUCUUAUUUCCGUGGAAACUACGCUCUCACCGUCCUCGCCAUUGUUUUCCUCGGCCUUAUUUACCACCCGAUGUCUAUGAUCGCUUUCAUCGUCGUCUUCAUCGGAUGGAUUCUCCUCUAUUUCUCACGAGACGCGAACGAUUCGAUUGUGAUCUCGGGGAAAGAAGUAGAUGACCGGAUCGUGCUGGUUUUACUCAGCUUGGUAACGGUUUUGGCAUUGGUGUAUACAGAUGUGGGCGAAAACGUUCUGGUGUCGCUGAUCAUUGGUUUACUCAUCGUUGGAGCUCACGCCGCUUUUCGUAAUACCGAUGACUUGUUUCUUGAUGAAGAAAGUGCCCGCCGUGGUGGACUGGUUUCCGCCGCUUCAGGAAACCGGCCACCGUCGAGUUAUACCCCAAUUUGAGUAAACCGGUUUGGAGAAUUACUCUCAUUUCUUGGGUUUUGAUUGAAGAAGAUAAGGGAAUCGAUUUAGGGCUUUGUAUUUUGGAAUUCCCAAGAUAUUUCUUGUAUUUGUAUUUGGGUGUGUUUCUUCAUUUUGUUUGAAUGUGUAUACAACAAAUUCUGGAAAAAAAU